AUGGAUUACUUUAACAUCAAACAGAAUUACUACACGGGAAAUUUCGUGCAAUGUUUACAAGAAGUAGAGAAAUUCAACAAAGUCACAGAUAACACUUUAUUGUUCUACAAAGCCAAGACCCUUUUAGCGUUGAACCAAUAUCAAUCACAGGAUCCUUCUUCUAAAUUUGGUAAGGCUUUGGACGCGUACGUUAAUUUCCUAGACACUAAAGACAUUACAGAAUUGGAAGGUUUACUAAAGGAUAAACAAAGCUCCCCCUAUGAAUUACACCUUUUGGCCAGUGCCCAAGCUAUUUUGGGUAACUUGGAUGAAAGUUUGGAGACCUGUGUUGAAGGUAUCGAUAACGAUGAGAUGGAAGGAACCACGGAACUGCUGUUACUUGCCAUUGAAGUUGCUUUGUUGAACAAUCAAGCCUCCACGGCUUCCGUCAUCUUUGAUAAUUAUACUAAUGCGAUUGAAGAAAAUAUUACUGGUGACAAUGAAAUGAUUUUGAACCUUGCCGAAUCGUAUAUCAAAUUCGGUACAAACAAAGAAACAGCGACUUCCAACUUCUACUACUAUGAAGAGUUAUCUCAAACUUUUCCCACUUGGAAAACCCAAUUGGGGUUGCUGAAUUUACACUUACAACAACGAAACAUAGCUGAAGCUCAAGGUAUUGUUGAGUUAUUACUUUCUGAUUACUAUAGUGUUGAACAAAAGGAAAACGCUGCAUUGUACAAACCUAACUUCCUGGCAAACCAAAUCACGCUUGCCCUCAUGCAAGGUGCUGAUACUGAAGAUCUAACAAAUCAAUUAGUAGACUUGGAUCAUGAGCAUGCAUUCAUUAAGCAUCACCAAGAAAUCGAUGCGAAAUUCGAUGAAUUAGUGGGAAAAUAUGACCUGUCAAACUAA